AUGGCGCUGGGCGGAGACCGCGAGCUGCUGCCCAUGGAGCGGCUCCGUGCGGUUCUCCGGCGGCGUCGGCGGGGAGGCUCGGAGCCGCGGGACUCGGGGCAACAGCUAGUGCGAGUCGAACCGCUGGACAGUUCUGAUGUUCUUAAAGCAAUUGAAAAUAUUAUCCAGGAGACAUUGGCAUAUCUUGCAAAUGGAGAGGCUCCAGUUAUCACUUUUGAUAGAAGAUCAUCCUGGGAAAAUAUUAGGUUUGAUGGCAACGUUGGUUUACAGAUGGUAUCUGAUUGCACUGUGAGCAAAGUGAAGUGUGAAUGUUCCAAAUCUGUCCGCAGGUUCGCUCUGAUACUGAGGACCUUGACGAUGAUCUACAAGUUGGUGCAGAGCAAUACUUACGCAACUAAAAGGGACCUAUACUACAAUGAUACACAGUUGUUCGGUUCGCAAGUUAUUCUUGAUGGUAUUAUCAAUGAUGUAUGCUGCAUGCUGAAAGUCCCACGCAGAAGCCUUCAUGUUCUCUCUACCUCGAAAGGCUGCAUUGCGGGUGAUCUAUGCUACACUGAGGAAGAUGGCAGCAGAGUGAACUGUGCUUGCAGUUCUAAUGCUGUGCUUGUACCAUCCAAUGUCGAUGGGAUAAAAAAUUUGAAUUCUCCUGCUCAAUUUGUGCUCAUAGUGGAAAAAGAUGCGACCUUUCAGAGAUUAUUGGAUGAUGACUUUUGUACCAAAUCAUUCCCCUGUAUUAUUAUAACGGGUAAAGGAGUGCCAGAUCUGAGCACCAGGCUGAUGGUGAGGAAGCUGUGGGACACACUACAGAUUCCAGUUUUUGCCCUUGUGGAUGCUGACCCACAUGGUAUUGAAAUCAUGUGCAUAUACAAGUACGGGUCAAUGUCUAUGUCCUUUGAUGCCCACAGUCUGACUGUUCCUAUUAUUAGUUGGUUGGGUCUACUUCCAUCUGAUAUUCAAAGAUUAAAUAUUCCUAAAGAAGCUUUGAUUCCUCUUACUGAAAACGACAUGAGCAAGUUGACCAAAUUACAGAAACGACCCUACAUUGGCUGUCAGCCUGUAUGGAAGAAAGAAAUGGAAAUAAUGGAGACUGCUAAAGUGAAGGCUGAGAUACAGGCUCUUGCAUCCAUUAGUUCUGACUAUCUUACAAGAGUAUACUUGCCAAACAAACUCAAGUUCGGCGGGUGGAUAUAAAUAAAAUCCCAAGCCAAUUUCCAUGAUUCUAAGAAAAAAAUCUGAUAUGAGUUGGCAUUCAUUUGUAACUAAUGAUAUAUACUUGGCUUGAUUUUCUAGGCUUGUUAUUGGUUCUUAUUGGAUUUAUUUGCCAAUAUCUGGGUUUUUUUGGUUGCACUGGUAUUUCAGCUGGACGUGCAUAU